UCUGUAGCUGGAGCGCCGGAGGACGAGAAGGAUCAGCUGAACUACAGAAGAAAUGAAAAUAUUCAGCUGAAAUUCAUCACCAACAACCAAGAUAUUUAACGAAGAGCAAUGUUAAACUGCUGAAAGAGGUGAAGCACAAGUCGUCCUGAAGAGCCUCCAGAACACGCAGACAUUGUUUGAUACGUUUAACAGACAAAUAAAGCCGAGUCCCGACAUGGAGAAACAGCACUCUGUCAAGAGUUUUACUGAACAGAGUACUCUCACAAAACACCAGCGCAUUCACACAGAGGAGAAACCGUAUCACUGCUCAGACUGUGGGAAGAAUUUUAAUCAUCAGAGUACUCUUAAAAUACACCAGCGCAUUCACACAGGAGAGAAACCAUUUUACUGCUCAGACUGUGGGAAGAGUUUUACUCGACAGUCACAUCUCAAACUGCAUCAGCGCAUUCACACAGGAGAGAAACCGUAUCACUGCUCAGACUGUGGGAAGAAUUUUACUGAACAGAGUAGUCUGAAUAAACACCAGCACAUUCACACAGGAGAGAAACCAUUUUACUGCUCAGACUGUGGGAAGAAUUUUACUGAACAGAGUACUCUCAAAAAACAUCAGCGCAUUCACACAGGAGAGAAACCGUAUUACUGCUCAGACUGUGGGAAGAGUUUUACUCAACAGAGUAAUCUCAAAAAUCACCAGCGCAUUCACACAGGAGAGAAACCGUAUUACUGCUCAGAAUGUGGGAAGAGUUUUACUGACCAGAGUACUCUCAAAAACCACCAGCGCAUUCACACAGGAGAGAAACCGUAUCACUGCUCAGACUGUGGGAAGAGUUUUACUCAACAGAGUAAUCUCCGAAAACACCAGCGCAUUCACACAGGAGAGAAACCGUAUUACUGCACAGACUGUGGGAAGAGUUUUACUCAACAGAGUAAUCUCCGAAAACACCAGCGCAUUCACACAGGAGAGAAACCGUAUUACUGCACAGACUUUGGAAAGAGUUUUACUAGGCAGAGUACUCUCAAAAAACACCAGCGCAUUCACACAGGAAAGAAAACUAUCCCAAAUCUGUUCCACGACAAUUAAAAGUGCAAAUUGUAAAUCUUUUGGACAGAACACCUAAUCUACACAAAUGUUUCAUUUGUCACUUGGGACACGUUCCACCAGAAACAAACAUGAACUGAAUUUAAUAAUGGAUUUUACAGGUUCAGCAAAAUGAAUCUUAUCCAGCGAUCAUGUUUUUUGAAUUCCAUGUUGUGUUUUCUCGUAUGUUUGAUAUUCCAGUACAUUCUUCGUGAGACAGAGCUCAGUUUUUAGGGUAGUUACUGUAGGAGUUCAGUUCUGAAGAAGGGAAGGUCGUUUAAGUUUGAGCGAGGGCACUGCCAGUGUUUGCUCUAGAUGUUAGAUAAGCAUAACUUAGUCUUUAAAAUUUAGAUGUCAUAGUUGUUAGGAGUAGAUUAGGAUUCUUAGUCUGCAACAAAACGUUUAGGAUCAAACCUUCAGUGCUUUUGCUUAGAAGGUUUUGAAUGCAUUUAUUCUCUUUUCUAAUUCAUGCAGAUUUUAUUAUUUCUAUUAAUUUCUAGUACCUCUGUUUUCACUCUGUGGAAGCCAUCCUCAGUUCCCCAAGCUUAGAAUAGCUUAGCUUAAUGCUAUUAACCGCUAGGCCCAUUCAUCCAAAGAAGAAGUGGAAAACAGCACCUGAGGAGAGUGCUCCCAAAAGUGAGACCCAGAGCCACAGAGAGACGACACUGGGCUCGGGUACUGCCGUGUGGACCGGAGGAGCAUCCAGACCCCGCAGAGAGGCCAACAAAAUCCUUUACAGAGGUUAAAUAAAACGUUCCAGCUGUAGAUUCUAUACUAAAAUCAACCCACUCCAGGUUUUUGUAGUGCAGUAAGGUUGCAGACUCAUUCAUUCCCUCUGCUGUGUUGUAUUACUCAAGUUUUAUACGCUCUUAUCUUUUUCUUAUUGAAUAUUAUAUGUUGCUUAAGGUUUUUUAAUCUCCAAAUGUACUAAUAAUAUCCAAAUCAUGUAGUUUCUUAAUUGUUUUUAUCCUCUACAAACUACUAUCUUUGUAUUGCUUCACCUCUAUAUUUACUCAUCUGUGUGUUUUAAUAAAAUGAUUUUCUAUUGCA